AUGCUACUCGAGGAUCGUUACCGGGAAGCGAUCCAGAAUAACGAAAGUGGCUGGGAUGAGACGCUAGAGCCGUUAAAGUGCCCACAAACGGACGCGUAUCGGAAAAAGUUUGAGGAAGACCAAGAGAAGAUGCGACUUCAGAGACUGGAAGAUGAACUCCGGGCGAAGAUUAACGCGGAGAACAAAAGGGCAAGCGAACAGGCGGCACGGGAGUCACUGCCCAGUCCGUCGAGUUCAGCGGUACCUACAGCCAGCCUCAACGAAGAUGAAGCGCAGCUGACACGUCAGUCUCUCAUCAUCCAGAUCGACACGCUGACGAGCGACCCGGCCGCUAUGCAACAGGAACUAUUUGAUGCGCUGUUACGGGAAAAAUUGAGACUACAGAAAGGUUUUGCUCCGGCGCCAUACAUAAAGAAGGCAGUCGAAGAACGUAUGGCGGAGCUGCGCAAAUCCCGUCAAAACGAAAGUAAUGUUCUGCAAGCGCUGAGAGGAUUUAAGCGGGACGAAGGCUUUAUCCGACCUCGAUCCCCUCCACGAAGAGAAAGGUCACGCGGACAUUCACGCGAACAUGAGCGAACCUCCGAGCGACGAAAUGAAAGGUCACGUGAAUACUCUCGUGAAAGGACACGGGAUUACCGCAGUGAAAGGUCACGCGAACGUUCUCACGACCGAGAUUACCGUGGCGGAAGAGGAUGGGUGCGCCAUGGCAACGAGAUAACGGAAACGAGCAUUCAACGGAAGAUUGAUACGGCGAAGAUUUUGGCAUCGACAAGAGGACGCGAAGAACAACGGCGUGCGGAGACUUACCGUACAGAGCCUGAAAAGAAAGGUCAUCAGGUGCCGUUGGGAGUUGCGUUCCGUAACCGCAAUGUCAGAAUGUCAACACCCGAAAGGUCAUGGGAUCAAAGACGCGAACGUACGCGAAACCGAACGCCAGACCCACAGGAUAAGAGAUGGCAGGAAAGAGCCAAGUACUAUGCGGGUUUUGAAUCUGGCGCAAGCAAAAGGUCAUCGAGCGCGGAGCGGGAAGAUUCACCCCCAAAAUAUCAAAGAAUGGAGUCAACGGUCCAUGUGGUGGAUCCGAUCAUAAGUGCCGCUCAAGAGGAUGACAUGAUGGAAGGGACCAGCUCAGUUGUAGAAGCGUCCCAAGAGAACGUGACCCAUCGACGAAAUGUAAUCCUCGAUAGUGACCUUCAACCGUCUGCAUCGGCGAGUAAUGAACCGUCGCAGCGUGAACCGGAGGAACGACGCGAAUUGGAAGUCCAACGCGAACCGGAUAAUCGUCGCGAAGCCGAUCGACGAACGACUUCCAGAUUUAACAACCGAUACCCCGAUAUAAUCGAUAUGGAAUAUAAUAUGAAUGAUACCGACGAACAAGCGGCGGAGAUUUGCCGGUAUCUGGGGAUCGAAGGAGACUCAGCAGAAGCGAAUAAGAUUCGUACCGUACUGAAUCACUUGCGCCAGUUCUUACUCGAUUCUGGCUACGCUAGAGAAAUUAAGAGGGGAGUGGAAGAAGGAACCUUCCGCCGGUUAUACAUUCCUCGCGACUCCGCGCUAGAUUGUUAUCUCCCCAUCCGACGAAACGGCCUACACAGUUUGCUGGACGUGAGCCUAUUAGACGUGCCACUGGACACGACUGACCCUGUCGGGAUGACGCAAUUUUAUUACACAGACUAUGACGAACGACAGGAAUAUGUGGCUCACGAGAGCAUCGAUCGGAUUACAGGUGGACCCGAAAGAUCAUGCCGCAAAAAGGAUGGGGCGAAAGGUCUUUGCUGCGAGACUGGCACAUUAUAA